GCAAUGACUAAUAUACAUGUUGAUGACGAUAUUUAUGAUGGAUAUAAUGAUUAUCCAUCAAUAUACAGCAUUAAAGACUUUGAACAAGAUGAAUUGUUUCAAGAAACACUCAAUACAAGUUAUACAAAAAGAUCAAUUUUCACACCAAAAAUUCCAGGAAGUGCUAUGCGUUUGGGUACUUCAACUGGAUUUCAUAGAAGUGGUACCGGUGUACCUAUGAGACCUACUACUAGUGGGGUUAGACCAAUGACUGCUGUUAGAGGAGCAGGUUAUACUAGUAGUAAUCGUCAAACAUUUGAUCCUUUAAAUAUGAGUAGUUCUACCAAAGGACCUGCACCACCUUUAGAAAGUGGAAAGGAAGACACGCCUGAAGAAAAAAUAAAAAUUGCUGAAAGAAAAAUUAUGGAAUUAAUAGAAAGUUCAAUAGAAGCAGCAUAUGAAAAUAACACAAGAGUUGCUUUAGAGAGAGCUAGAGAAGCUUCUUCAAGAGAAAGAGCUCUUAUUAGAUUACAAGAACAAGCUGGGCUUAGUGAUAAUCAUAAUGUAGAUUUAACAUUUGCAGUCAUUUUUAAUUUGGCAAUUCAAUACACUAACAACAAUAUGUCUACUGAAGCUAUAGCAACUUAUCAAGCUAUAACAAGAAAUAGAAUGUUCACUAAUAGUGCUAGAUUAAAAGUAAACAUGGGAAAUAUAUAUGUUAAAAUGGGACAAUUGUCUCAAGCAAUUAAAAUGUAUAGAAUGGCAUUUGAUCAAGCACCAGCAGCUCAUAAAGAUUUAAGAAUAAAAAUAAUGCAUAACAUUGGAAUGCUAUUUGUACAAAUGGGUCGUUUGGAAGAAGCAGCUAAUAGUUUUGAAUGGGUCAUGAAAGAAAGAGCUGAAUUUAAAGCAGGCUUGCAUGCUGUUUUAUGUCAUUUUGCAUUAUCUCAUAGGGAUAAAAUGAAAAGGUCAUUUUUAGAAUUAUUAGAAGUUCAGCUUAACAUAGAUCAGGAGGACAGAUAUAAUAUAAGUACAGAUGAUGUUGCUUUUAACAUAUUGAAUGAAAUUUUAAAAAACGAUGAUUUAUCUAAGUUAGAAAAGGAAUUAAAAUCGGAGGCAGAAAGAACUAUUCUUUGUGCUGCAAAACUUAUAGCACCUGUAAUUGAAGAUACACUUACUGCUGGUUUCGCUUGGUGUGUGGAUACUAUAAAGUCUUCGGUGUAUGGUCCAUUAGCUGCUGAUUUGGAAAUAAGUAAAGCUAUGGUAUUUUUGCAUAAUCGGGAAACUCAACUGGCUAUUGAUACCUUGAAGAUGUUUGAAAAUCGUGAAAGUAAAGCAAACAGUUCAGCUGCGACUAUGCUUUCAUUUAUUUAUUUUCUUCAAGGGGAUUAUGAUCAAGCAGAAAAAUGUGGAGAAAUUGCUCGAAAUGCAGAUAGUUAUAAUGCAGCUGCUUAUGUUAAUUUAUCAGCAUGUGCAAUCAGAAAGGGUGAAUUAAAUAUUGCUAAAGAACUUCUUUUAUGUGCAUUAGAUGCGGAUGCUAGUCAUGUACAAGCUCUGUAUAAUUUGGGAUUAGUAUAUAAAAAACAAGAUAUGUAUGAAGAAUCAUUAGAAUGCUUUUGGAAAGUUCGUAAUAUCGUUAGACAUGAUCCACAAAUAUUAUAUCAAAUUGCUCAGUUAUAUCAACUUAUGAAUGAUAUAGAUCAAGCAGCAGAAUGGUACAAUCAAUUACUUGGUAUAAUACCAUGUGAUCCUGGAGUUUUGCAAAAAGUAGGUGAAAUGCAUGAUGCUGCUGGAGAUAAACAACAAGCAUAUCAGUUCUAUAGUGAUUCUUAUAGAUUUUUUCCUGCCAAUUUUGAAGUAAUCGAUUGGCUCGGAUCAUAUUUUGUCUCGAUGCAAAUUGCCGAAAAAGCAUUAAUUUAUUUUAAGAAAGCAGUAGAACUUGCUCCAGAGGAACCAAGAUGGCGAUUACUAGUAGCUGCCUGUUUAAGGCGAAUUGGUCAAUUUCAUAAAGCUGUUUUAGAGUAUCAAGACAUUCAUAACAAGUUUCCCGAAAAUGUUGAAUGUCUAAAAUUUUUGGUUCGUUUAUGUAGCGAUCUUGGGUUAAAAGAAGCGCACGUAUACGCAGCAGAAUUAAAGCGUGCAGAGAAAGCGAAAGAAUUGAAAGAUAGACAAGGAUCGGCAAGACCAGGUUCGAGAAGAAGUAAUAGUGGGACAUCGUCACGAACUGGUUCUGGAAUGAGUGUACUAUCGGAUCGUAGGUCAAGUCCUACCUUUAAUAGAAGAGAAAAUCAAGGUUUAAGUAGUGCCGGUAUUACACGGACCAAUCGAGUUUCCGCAACAGAAAAUAUUAUGGAAGUGGCAUCUGAUAUGACUGAGCAAACAGGCACUCCUUAUGUUGAUCCCAUUGGUCCAUUACCUAUUCGUCCUAUGACGUCUGCCGGAAAGAGAGACGAUGAUUUUGGUGAUGAAGAACUCGGUGAUGAUCUGUUACCAGAAUAAUGUGAAUCUUUACAUUUAUUACUUUUAUAAUUUAUCUUACUAUUUUGACAAACG